CCAUAAAUCUGAGUGCAUUCGGCAUUGCCCGACAACGUGUGUGUUUGUGUGCCGGUGUGAGUAGCGUCGUCUUUUGUUUGGGUUUUCUUUCGUUUUCGUCAUUCUCUGUUUGAGCGUACUUGCCUCUUUCGAUGUGCCUGUUUGCGUGCCCCACUGUCGUUGUAGUGGUAUUUUUGUUGUGGCGCUUUAUGUAUGUUGUUGAGCUUCUCUAUUUUCCCCAAUCAUACGGUGCUUUUUCGUUUGCAGUUCGCAUAUUCUCGCAGAUUUUGUUUUUAGUUAUUCGCCGAUAAUUGAUGUCAAAGGACGCGUUGAGACCGGUAUUUUACGGCGCGUUAAAUUAAGAAGGAUAUUAGGAGACUUUCCUUUGAGUGUAUACAGAGGCAGGGACGACGUGGUGACAUUGCCGGCUAACCGAAGGAAGUGAAAGUGGCGUUCGCAUUGCUGCUGUUCUACGUGUGGCUGGCUUUGGAUGUUGGUUGGAACAAUGCCAAAGGAAGAUCCUUUUGUGAACAGAGCUCAGCUGUUGAAGGCUAUCAAGAAAUAUCCUGAAAUAUGGGAUUCCAACAAUAAAUUGCAUAUGUGCCGCAGUGUCACGGCACCCAUGUGGAAUGAAAUUGCUGAGCAAUUUGGAGGCCACGUACCCACCGUUAAACUUCAGUCGAUUUGGAGCCAAAUGAAAUAUCACUACCAUAACCUGGUACAUCGCCAAAUUCUACACAAGGAACGUUUUACCACCAAAUGGGAACACUUCGAGCCCAUGUCUUUUAUGUACAACAUAACUGUGGCCAAAAUAGUGGGGGCAGCGGGCACAAAUGGUUCAGAAGUUAGUGAAAUGACACCGGCUUUGCCCUCACCGCCACCACUGCCACAAUCUCAGGGCCGUGGACGUCCUAGUGGAAGUUUCACCUGGCUUCCACCGGUAGCACCCCAAACGGAGGUUAGUGUCGAGACAACUCCCUUUACCGGAUUUACGGGUCUGGUACCACCAGCUGCGGUCACUGUUGAGACCACAACUACACCCCUACGCAAGCCGGGACGGCCCGGUUCACUAAAUAACAGCAUGCGCGGUCGCAUCAUUGAUGCCAUCAAGGCUAGACCGAUAUUAUGGGCCGGACGUCAAAAAGAACAAGCUAAGGGUCAAAACCGUACAUCGGCGGUGUGGAAAGAGGUUGCUGUGGAGUUAGGUCUUACGCCAAGUUUGGUUCAGACACGUUGGUCGAUUAUCAAACAACGUUAUGUCGACGAAUUGCAGAAGGAACGGCAUGCUCGUUAUGGCCAAGAGCAUUUCCAUUCUUCGUGGGAGCACUUUGAACGCAUGUCUUUUAUGCGUGACAUUUUGGCCAAAAAAGUUGACGAGCGUGAGCAAACACGUGAACACAUACAAGAGAUUGUUAGUGAAAAGCAACAAAUGCAAAACCAUCAUCAACAACAAGCUCAAUUGCAGCAGCAGCAACAUCAACAGCAACACCAACAGCAGCAACAACAACAUAACAUGCACAGUCCACAGCAACAACAACAACAACAGCAGCAACAGAUAAGAUACAUACGAUCCACCAGCACGAGUAGCCUAAACUCCUCCACAACAUUGUCUACGGCUGGUGGUGGCGAAGGCGGCGGUGGCAGCACGGCCUCCCUUCACCAGGCCCAUCACAUGCACCAUCAUCCACAAUUGAGCAUGUGUGAUGAGAAUGGUGAACUUACUGUGCACACUACUCAUGGCAAUGGUGUGAUUGGUGGUGGUGGCGGCGGAGCAGCAGCAGCUGCUGGCCUGGUGGGACUUUUGCCGGGUCAUGCAAUUGUUGCCAGCUCACGUAGACGUGUUAAAAACGAAUCAGAUUUGGAAUGGGAUCCAUUUGAGAUGAUCCUUCACGUACAGGCAAGCGGCUCUGAGCCAGCCAACAAUUGAAUUGAUGCCACUUUCGAAAACUCCGAAAUAAAAAAAAAAAAACAAAAUGAAAAACAAAAUAUAUAU